AUGGCGAUCCGAUUCAUCGAAAUCCCGCGGACGAAAGCCAGCAAAGCUCACAUCGGUGGCUCAAUCCUCGAUUUGCCAGGCGAGAUACGCACCAUGAUAUACGUUGAUCUCUUUGAACCUAAAGAAAACAUCCGAUUCCUAUGCUCGGAGGACCAAGAAACGGGUAUCCAGGGUGAAGAUAUGAAAUCAAAUUCAUGCGCACCGGUCAAUACAGCUGCGUUUGCCAGUAUCCGCGAUGGUAUCAAAUUGCUACGCAGCUGCCGGCAGAUCUAUGACGAGGCCGCAAGUGUCUUGUACAGCAACAACACUUUCGUAUUCGGCAUGAUACCGGACGGCCAUACCAAAAGGGGUACACAGAUCAAGGCGGUCGCAAAAGGAUUUGGGCAGAUUCGAUCGGCUGCGAUCUGGUGUUCGGGGUCCCACAUGCAGUAUGUUCGACGGGUGAAGAUCGAUGUCGCCAAUGGAUGCUCUGAAAGUGCCUGCCUCGAGCAUUAUCCGUGGUUCCAGAACGUCGAUAUUGCUCCGCUCGUAAAGGCAAUGUGGUCACCUUCGACUGCGAAAGUCGCUUUCGAAUUUGUACAGUCUGACGCGGGUCUUGGCGAUAUAGAGGACAAUCCGCACUUCGCUCAGCGUCAGCUAUUUGACAUCAAGACUGUCAACACAGUACUCGAGUACCUCCGCGCAGAUACCGACGACUUCAAGAAGUACUCUUGGCAGAUUCUUUCUGGCUGCGUCUGCGGACUUCUCGAUGGACCAAAAUCCGAAUGUCUAUCCGGGGAUCUUCCCAUCAAGGAUUUUGUCGUCGUCGAUACAUUGUAG